GACCAACAUACAGUGAGUCACACGAGGGAAAAAGGACCAAUUUCUGAUUUGAUCCCUCCAGAAUCUCGCAGAUCUGAGAUUACCGCCGACGGAAUCCGAUUCGCCGGAACCCAACUCUACCGUGGGUCGGUUUCUCAGGUGUCACUGCACUGUCAUUAGUAUUAUCCCCUUCAGAGCUUUCGCUUCAAAUUCGAGGUUUGAUUUGAAGUUGUAAGGUGGAAUAGCUUAGUUGUUUGUAAAUCAGCCAACACAGACAAGCAUGGGAAGCCAGGACAAUAAUGCAGCAUUGUCAUCAAACUCAUUUCUACCUCACAAAUCCUCCAAGGUGUUUGUUGCUGGUCACCGGGGUCUUGUUGGCGCGGCCAUUGUCCGCAAGCUGACCCAAGUUGGAUUCACUAAUUUAGUCCUGCGUACUCAUGCUGAGCUUGAUCUCACUCGACAAUCUGAUGUUGAGGCCUUCUUUGUCUCCGAGAAACCUGAAUUUGUCAUUGUAGCUGCAGCCAAAGUUGGUGGCAUCCAUGCCAACAACACCUACCCUGCUGAUUUCAUUGCCAUCAACCUCCAAAUCCAGACCAAUGUCAUCGAUUCUGCUUAUCGCAAUGGUACCAAGAAACUACUGUUUUUGGGUUCCUCUUGCAUUUACCCCAAAUUUGCUCCCCAACCGAUUCCAGAAGAUGCUUUGCUUACUGGACCAUUGGAGCCUACAAAUGAAUGGUAUGCCAUUGCCAAGAUUGCUGGGAUCAAAAUGUGCCAGGCUUACAGAAUUCAGUACAAGUGGGAUGCAAUUUCGGGAAUGCCCACCAACUUGUAUGGACCAUACGACAACUUCCACCCUGAGAAUUCACAUGUGUUACCAGCUCUGAUGAGAAGGUUUCAUGAGGCAAAGGUCAAAGGAGCGAAAGAGGUGGUGGUAUGGGGCACAGGGAGUCCAUUGAGGGAGUUCAUGCAUGUUGAUGAUUUGGCUGAUGCAGUUAUUUUCAUGAUGGAAAAGUACAGUGGACUGGAACAUUUGAAUGUAGGGAGUGGAAAGGAAGUUACUAUUAAGGAAUUGGCUGAGUUGAUGAAAGAAGUGGUGGGGUUUGAGGGAGAUCUUGUUUGGGAUUCUACUAAGCCUGAUGGUACUCCAAGGAAGCUCAUGGAUAGCUCAAAACUUGCAAGCCUGGGUUGGACACCAAAAGUCUCUCUUAAGGAUGGUCUUGCUGAUACUUACAAAUGGUACUUGGAAAAUGUCAAUCUAUGAUUCACCUGUCAUUUCACCGUGUAGAAUUUUUUGGUUUAAAGAAUAAUUAUCCAGAGAACAGUACUUCACUAAUUUUUAUGUAACAGUUAUGUGGAAUGAAAUUUCAGUGUUUAUUUUUGUUA